UAACAGAUCACACCCACUCCCACCCCUUGGCCAAGCAAUGAAACAAAACUCUCUCAUGUUUCUCACUUUCUCUAAUCUUUUCGGUAUAUGUCUUUGACUUGGACUAAUCGUUCCCACACGCAAAUGCUCUGCAAUAAUAGCAGAAGCCCUUUCUUAGCAUUAAGACUCCACACCUACAACAUCUAAACCGACACCCACACUUGGUUUCUAAGUUGCAGCACCUCCACCUCGGCGAUGACCCUACUACGCCACCGUCACCACUUCUUAUCAACACUCACAUUCUUCACUUUUCUUUUAUUUUUAUCUGCCCCAGCUACCACACUCUCCCAACUAGGUAGUGGAGUACUUCAGCAGGGAGGGGAGGAGAGGGGAAAGGGGGGCGGGCUAAGGGCUUUUCAGCGAGUUCUGACUCAGAAGCGACUCGGUGGACCAGGUUCUUCACCACCUUCAUGUAGAUCCAAGUGUGGAAAGUGCUCGCCAUGUAAAGCAGUUCACGUGGCAAUUCAACCUGGUUUGAGUAUGCCAUUAGAGUAUUAUCCAGAGGCUUGGAGAUGUAAGUGUGGCAACGAGCUUUUUAUGCCUUAAAGAUAAAAAGCAAGAAGUACAAAUUAAAAGCAAAUACAACGAAAGAAAUGACUCUCUUUUGUUAUGUUACUAUCUUAGUAACGUAGCUCCCAUUGGCUGGCUAUGGAGGUGGGUGUUUUUAUGUGUUUAUAUUAUGAUUUUGCCCAUUGGACAGGGAGCUUUGGGAAUGAAAGUUGUUGUGGGGUUGAGAUUGCCAAGAGGGAUCUUUUACUCUUGCCCUCUCUCUUGUUAAUUAAUGAUCUUUUCUUUGUUUUUAUCUUCUUUUAACUUGCAUUGAUGAAAGCUUACUAAUUAUCAGACAUAUUGGAAUUAAGUAGAAGAGCUGUAAUUAAGAUGCUUAUUAAUAUUAGACAUUUUGGAAUAUUUAAGUAGAAAAGCUGUAAGAUGAGCUUCUUCAUAGGAAGAGUAGUUGCAACGCCUAAUUUAUUGCUUCCCCCCCUUCUAUUUGUACUGAUGAA